CUGUGUGUGGCCUGGUGUCGGUGACACGGUGAGGAGGGGACAGAACUCGCCCUUUGUCAGGUGGGGAGGUCUCACUCUGCUUAAACAACGCCAGGGUCCACAAAAACACCAGGGGCCUGGAUAAUGAUUAACUCCGUGACUGCUGGGUCCAGAACCAGACACCCAGACCCUGCACGCAGAGAGCAAUGAGUAUAAUCCCAGCUCAGCGGUGACAGGGCUGCCUGUAAUCUUAUUAUCACCUCAACGUGUUACCGAAUAGAUCACGCCACGACCCCAUCAUGGCAGGAGGAGGCAGGGGAAUCUCAUCGCUGGUCCUAAUCACUGGCCUACUUACCUUCCUGAAUCCAACAGCAAUGGCAGAACCUGAUUCUACCACGCCCGACCACUGCGCCAGCUUCCAGACGUCAGGAUUUUUCCGGAAUAACGACCUCCAUGUGCAAUACCUGCUCUACACCCCCAGCAAUCCCACCUGCGGGCAAUUCAUCAAGCCCGACAAUAUAGAGAAUUCAACCUUCGAUGCAGCGUUGGGUACCAAGAUCAUCAUCCACGGCUUUAGGGUUUUGGGUACAAAGCCAUCCUGGAUAGACAAGAUGGUGGAAUCUCUGCUCGUUGCUGGCCCGGUUAACGUGGUGGCGGUGGACUGGGUUUAUGGUUCUACGGCUUUGUAUAACCAAGCUGUGGAGAAUGUGCCGAAGCUCGGUCUGGAAAUUGUCGCACUUAUAAACCGCUUUCUGGAACUAGGAUCUACCACAGAAUCUCUCCACCUGAUUGGGGCCUCGCUGGGGGCACACGUGGCUGGUCACGUCGGACAUUUAUUUGGUGGCCGCAUUGGAAGGAUCACCGGAUUGGAUCCCGCUGGAUACAAGUUCAGAAAGAACAUCCCGAAGGAGAGGCUGGACCCUGCAGACGCUGAGUUUGUGGAGGCCAUACACACGGACACAGACAACUUUGGCAUCCGUAUCGCGGUGGGACACGUAGAUUACUUCAUAAACGGCGGCAGAGACCAGCCGGGCUGCACGACGUCCCUCCGAAACCUGUACGGUUCCCUGAUCUGUGACCACAUGAGAUCCAUCGCCGUAUUCAUCAAUGCCAUACGGGGAGAUUGCCAGUUCAUCGGUUUUCCUUGCGCCAACUACCAGAUGUUCCAGGAGGGUCGGUGCGUGGACUGCGGGAGCUCCCAGGCGUCCUCCUGCCCACGUAUAGGGGUGAAGAGAACGCUGAUUACUACAGGGGGAGACAUUUUACUCAGUAAGUUCCGGCCGGAAAUGGAGAACUCCACCGAUUACGAGAUGGAAUAUUUCACCAAUGAGACCGAACAAGUGAUGGGAAAUGACCUAAAGGAAAUCCUGUAUUUCAUGCUGACCACGACAACAGAGCCGUACUGCGCUCACCACAUCUUGCUGGAGUUUACACUGACCGCAAAGAGGGAGAACAGCAUCACCAUUGAGAUACAGCUGAUUAAUGCAGAUUCCAGCAGCAGCAAAUCCAAGAUUACAGUUCCCAAGCAGACCAUGGGAAGCCGCAGGCUGGUUGCCCACAGGGACUCUCUGUGUCAUGUAAAAUCUGUUGCUAUUAAAGUAUCCAGCACAAUUUCUAGACUUUGGAGGAGAGCGCCAGAAUUCACAGGGAAGCUUUGCAUAGGUCAACUACCCAUGAACAGACGCAAUAUGAUCUGUUUGCCUGAUGUCUUAGCGUUCUCGGACCACAGCAGCCAGACCCACCCUUUACCGGACGCAAUGCAAGACGUCUGUCAAUAGUCUGAGAAGUCUAUCCAUCGGAGUUACACCUAUCUGCAUAUCGCCAGUCAGAAGGUCACAUAUAUGGCUCUCCAGGCCAAGAGAUUAUUAUUAUUAUUAUUAUUAUCCUUUAUUUAUAUGGCGCCGCAAGGGGUCCACAGCUCCUGACAGAGUACAAAACCAGAAACAGUGUGAACAAACCAAGACAAAGUGACUUACAAGACAGAACAUUGCAGGACAGAACAUUGCAGGACAUGGACAUUGCAGGACAGAACAUUGCAGGACAUGGACAUUGCAGGAUAGAACAUUGCAGGACAUGGACAUUGCAGGAUAGAACAUUGCAGGACAGAACAUUGUAGGACAACAUUGCAGGACAGAACAUUGCAGGACAGAACAUUGCAGGACAUGGACAUUGCAGGACAGAACAUUGCAGGACAUGGACAUUGCAGGAUAGAACAUUGCAGGAUAGAACAUUGCAGGACAUGGACAUUGCAGGACAGAACAUUGCAGGAUAGAACAUUGCAGGACAGAACAUUGCAGGACAUGGACAUUGCAGGACAGAAUAUUGCAGGAUAGAACAUUGCAGGACAGAACAUUGCAGGAUAGAACAUUGCAGGACAUGGACAUUGCAGGACAGAACAUUGCAGGACAUGGACAUUGCAGGAUAGAACAGUGCAGGACAGAACAUUGCAGGACAGAACAUUGCAGGACAGAACAUUGCAGGAUAGAACAUUGCAGGGCAGAACAUUGCAGGACAGAACAUUGCAGGAUAGAACAUUGCAGGGCAGAACAUUGCAGGAUAGAACAUUGCAGGACAUGGACAUUGCAGGACAGAACAUUGCAGGACAUGGACACUGCAGGAUAGAACAUUGCAGGACAUGGACAUUGCAGGACAGAAUAUUGCAGGAUAGAACAUUGCAGGACAGAACAUUGCAGGAUAGAACAUUGCAGGACAUGAACAUUGCAGAAUAGAACAUUGCAGGAUAGAACAUUGCAGGAUAGAACAGUGCAGGACAGAACAUUGCAGGACAGAACAUUGCAGGACAGAACAUUGCAGGAUAGAACAUUGCAGGAUAGAACAGUGCAGGACAGAACAACAUUGCAGGAUAGAACAUUGCAGGAUAGAACAUUGCAGGGCAGAACAUUGCAGGAUAGAACAUUGCAGGACAUGGACAUUGCAGGACAGAACAUUGCAGGACAUGGACACUGCAGGAUAGAACAUUGCAGGACAUGGACAUUGCAGGACAGAAUAUUGCAGGAUAGAACAUUGCAGGACAGAACAUUGCAGGAUAGAACAUUGCAGGACAUGAACAUUGCAGAAUAGAACAUUGCAGGACAUGGAGACUGCAGGAUAGAAUAUUGCAGGGCAUGGACAUUACAGGACAGAACAUUGCAGGACAUGGACACUGCAGGAUAGAACAUUGCAGGACAUGGACAUUGCAGGACAGAAUAUUGCAGGAUAGAACAUUGCAGGACAGAACAUUGCAGGAUAGAACAUUGCAGGACAUGAACAUUGCAGAAUAGAACAUUGCAGGACAUGGAGACUGCAGGAUAGAAUAUUGCAGGGCAUGGACAUUACAGGACAGAACAUUGCAGGACAUGGACACUGCAGGAUAGAACAUUGCAGGACAUGGACAUUGCAGGACAGAAUAUUGCAGGAUAGAACAUUGCAGGACAGAACAUUGCAGGAUAGAACAUUGCAGGACAUGAACAUUGCAGAAUAGAACAUUGCAGGACAUGGACAUUGCAGGACAUGGAGACUGCAGGAUAGAAUAUUGCAGGGCAUGGACAUUACAGGACAGAACAUUGCAGGACAUGGACAUUGUAGGACAGAACAUUGCAGGGCAGAACAUUGCAGGACAGAACACUGCAGGACAUGUACAUUACAGGACAGAACAUUGCAGGACAUGGACAUUGUAGGACAGAACAUUGCAGGACAUGGACAUUGCAGGACAGAACACUGCAGGACAUGUACAUUGCAGGACAGAACAUUGCAGGACAUGGACAUUGCAGGACAGAACAUUGCAGGACAUGGACAUUGGACAUGGACAUUACACAAGACACUGCUAAAACUCUAAUCCACGCUCUCAUUAUCUCCCGCAUUGAUUAUUGCAAUAGUAUCCUAACUGGUCUUCCCAAAACGAGACUCUCACCACUACAAUCCAUUCUGAAUGCAGCGGCGAGGCUUAUCUUCCUCGCUAGACGUUCAUCGUCUGCAGAUCCACUCUGUCAGUCCCUCCAUUGGUUACCUGUACUCUACCGCAUUCAAUAUAAAAUACUUUUACUCACACACAAGGCCAUUAACCAAACUACACCAUCAUACAUCUCCUCACUCAUCUCAUAAUAUCUCCCGACCCGACCUCUCCGCUCUGCACAAGAUCUGCGUCUCUCAUCCACACUCAUUACUCGCUCCCAUGAAUGACUGCAGGACUUUCAUCGGGCUGCACCAACACUGUGGAAUGCCCUACCACGCACAAUAAGACUCUCCUCUAGUCUCCAAACCUUCAAGCGUUCCCUGAAAACUCACCUCUUUAGGCAAGCGUAUCAAAUUCCAGAACCGCCCACAUAACUUUCCUAAACCUUCCUAUCAAAUUGCAUCCACUCUGUACAGUCCACACAUAUUCUCACAUGUCUUCUCAUUCUAUGCAAUAGAUAGGCAUAUGUACACAAGGAAAGGUGCUAUUUUCCUAUAGAUUGUAAGCUUGCGAACAGGGCCUUCCUACCUCUAUGACUGUUAUCACCCAGUUUGUUAUUGUUAUUGUUAUUACAAAUUGUAAAGCGUAAUGGAAUUUGCUGCGCUAUAUAAGAAACUGUUAAUAAAUAAAUAAUAAUUGCAGGACAGAACAUUGCAGGACAUGGACAGUGCAGGACAGAACAUUGCAGGGCAGAACAUUGCAGGACAUGGACAUUACAGGACAGAACAUUGCAGGGCAGAACAUUGCAGGACAUGGACAGUGCAGGACAGAACAUUGCAGGGCAGAAUAUUGCAGGACAUGAGCAUUGCAGGACAGAACAUUGCAGGGCAGAACAUUGCAGGGCAGAACAUUGCAGGACAUGGACAUUACAGGACAGAACAUUGCAGGGCAGAACAUUGCAGGACAUGAGCAUUGCAGGACAGAACAUUGCAGGGCAGAACAUUGCAGGACAUGAGCAUUGCAGGACAGAACAUUGCAGGGCAGAACAUUGCAGGACAUGAGCAUUGCAGGACAGAACAUUGCAGGGCAGAACAUUGCAGGACAGAACAUUGCAGGACAUGUACAUUGCAGGACAGAACAUUGCAGGACAUGGACAUUACAGGACAGAACAUUGCAGGACAUGGACAGUGCAGGACAGAACAGUGCAGGACAGACCAUUGCAGGACAUGGACAUUGCAGGACAGAACAUUGCAGGACAUGGACAUUACAGGACAGAACAUUGCAGGACAUGGACAGUGCAGGACAGAACAGUGCAGGACAGACCAUUGCAGGGCAGAACAUUGCAGGACAUGGACAUUGCAGGACAUGGACAGUGCAGGACAGAACAGAACAGUGCAGGACAGAACAUUGCAGGACAUGGAUAUUGCAGGACAGAACAUUGCAGGACAGACCAUUGCAGGGCAGAACAUUGCAGGACAUGGACAUUGCAGGACAGAACACUGCAGGACAUGUACAUUGCAGGACAGAACAUUGCAGGACAUGGACAUUGCAGGACAGAACAUUGCAGGACAUGGACAUUGGACAUGGACAUUACACAAGACACUGCUAAAACUCUAAUCCACGCUCUCAUUAUCUCCCGCAUUGAUUAUUGCAAUAGUAUCCUAACUGGUCUUCCCAAAACGAGACUCUCACCACUACAAUCCAUUCUGAAUGCAGCGGCGAGGCUUAUCUUCCUCGCUAGACGUUCAUCGUCUGCAGAUCCACUCUGUCAGUCCCUCCAUUGGUUACCUGUACUCUACCGCAUUCAAUAUAAAAUACUUUUACUCACACACAAGGCCAUUAACCAAACUACACCAUCAUACAUCUCCUCACUCAUCUCAUAAUAUCUCCCGACCCGACCUCUCCGCUCUGCACAAGAUCUGCGUCUCUCAUCCACACUCAUUACUCGCUCCCAUGAAUGACUGCAGGACUUUCAUCGGGCUGCACCCACUCUGUGGAAUGCCCUACCACGCACAAUAAGACUCUCCUCUAGUCUCCAAACCUUCAAGCGUUCCCUGAAAACUCAUCUCUUUAGGCAGCUUAUCACAUUCCAGAACCUCCCACAUAACUUUCAUAAACCUUCCUAUCAAAUUACAUCCACUCUGUACAGUCCACACAUAUCCUCACAUGUCUUCUCAUUCUAUGCAAUAGAUAGGCAUAUGUACACAAGGAAAGGUGCUAUUUUCCUAUAGAUUGUAAGCUUGCGAACAGGGCCUUCCUACCUCUAUGACUGUUAUCACCCAGUUUGUUAUUGUUAUUGUUAUUACAAAUUGUAAAGCGUAAUGGAAUUUGCUGCGCUAUAUAAGAAACUGUUAAUAAAUAAAUAAUAAUUGCAGGACAGAACAUUGCAGGACAUGGACAGUGCAGGACAGAACAUUGCAGGACAUGGACAUUACAGGACAGAACAUUGCAGGGCAGAACAUUGCAGGACAUGGACAGUGCAGGACAGAACAUUGCAGGGCAGAAUAUUGCAGGACAUGAGCAUUGCAGGACAGAACAUUGCAGGGCAGAACAUUGCAGGGCAGAACAUUGCAGGACAUGGACAUUACAGGACAGAACAUUGCAGGGCAGAACAUUGCAGGACAUGAGCAUUGCAGGACAGAACAUUGCAGGGCAGAACAUUGCAGGACAUGAGCAUUGCAGGACAGAACAUUGCAGGGCAGAGCAUUGCAGGACAUGAGCAUUGCAGGACAGAACAUUGCAGGGCAGAACAUUGCAGGACAGAACAUUGCAGGACAUGUACAUUGCAGGACAGAACAUUGCAGGACAUGGACAUUACAGGACAGAACAUUGCAGGACAUGGACAGUGCAGGACAGAACAGUGCAGGACAGACCAUUGCAGGACAUGGACAUUGCAGGACAGAACAUUGCAGGACAUGGACAUUACAGGACAGAACAUUGCAGGACAUGGACAGUGCAGGACAGAACAGUGCAGGACAGACCAUUGCAGGGCAGAACAUUGCAGGACAUGGACAUUGCAGGACAUGGACAGUGCAGGACAGAACAGAACAGUGCAGGACAGAACAUUGCAGGACAUGGAUAUUGCAGGACAGAACAUUGCAGGACAGACCAUUGCAGGGCAGAACAUUGCAGGACAUGGACAUUGCAGGACAGAACAUUGCAGGACAGAACAUUGCAGGACAUUGCAGGACAGAACAUUUCAGGACAUGGUGUAUAAACAUUACUGCAUCAGCAGUCAUAGCAGCCACACAUAAAGAUCGACACCACAAUGUGCGACAAACAUGUACAGUAACUGGUUUUCUGGGACAGCUGCUCAUACAGUGCAUCAGCUCCUCUGUAACAGAACCAGGACGAAGCCUUAAAGUGUAACCAAUAAUAAUGGCGCUUCCCCUCGCAGACUGCGCUAAUAAUUACUAUGUACUAAGUGACCCGAUCUUAGUAACGUUUAGAGAGAAAGAGUUCAGUUCAUGUUUUCUGUCUCCUCUCCGGUAGAAGUCCAGAGAGGAGACGCCGCUGGCCGCUUUGGGGGGCGGGGCUGUCACAUGGAUAGCAUCAUUUAGCCACACCCCCUCCAUCAGGUAUGAGCCAAUUCAGUUGGACUGUCAAUGUCAGACGCAGCGGAGCUAAGAUGCACUGCGCAUGCCCAGCAAAUGAUUAGCGAUGGCGGACGCAGUCAGGAUUUAUUCGCAAAGUGAGUGACAAGUAGUUAGUGUUUGGGGGCGGUAGUGGGGUGUGUCUGGAUAAAUACAGUCAUAUCAGGACCAUUUUCUGGGCGUGGCCUAGUCAGCCACUGCAAAUUCUGUUCACAGCUGGCCACGGCGUGUUAGGAGAGCCGCUCUGUAUGAGACAGCAUAGGGUGGCAGAGAGGUCCCACGGUCCAACCAAUGGGCAUGAUCCUGAUUUGGAAGUAAAGCAAAAAAAAAAGAAAAGCCAGUAACUGUGCAUCUGGGUAACACCAUGCUGCACUGCAGGUGGGGCAGAUGUAACAUGUGCAGAGAGAGUUAGAUUUGGGUGAGGUCUGUUCAAACUGAAAUCUAAAUCACAGUGUAAGAAUAAAGCUGUCUAACAUGUGUGGGCUACAUGCAAAAGCCGCCAGUAUUUACCCUGCACAGAAAACAUAUAGAUUUGCUCCUCUUGCGUUGCGACAUGGUUUGUUCCAGACAUACAGUUAUUUGAUUUUUGUGCUUUACUUAUAAACAUGAGUCAGGCCGAGUGUGCGCCCGUAUUAUGUGCGUGAGCGGCGGAUGUGAUAAGCCGGCAGUGGGGAUCUCUGUGCGCAAGAUGGCAGCUGAGGCAUUAGCAUAUUUUCACAAGCCCACCACAACUGCGUGCACCUCUGGACCAGGCCCCCUGAGCAUUCUGGCGUGAUGUUUCGGAGACGUGCAGUGCGCGCUAAUCCCGUACUUAUGCCAGGCUUCACUAUGGGGACACACGGUAAAAUACACGAUGUAGGAGUGAUGGAGAAGCGAGUUACUUUGCCGCUGCCCGCCUCGCCUGGACGUCGCGUCUAACUGAAUUUACUGUAUUUGUAUGUGACACGACCGUCUCUGAGGAGGAAUCUGGGAAGACACCAAUACACUAUGGGGGUAAUUCAGACCUGAUCGCAGCAGCAAAUUUGUUAGCAGUUGGGCAAAACCAUGUGCACUGCAGGUGGGGCAGAUGUAACAUGUGCAGAGAGAGUUAGAUUUGGGUGGGGUGUGUUCAAACUGAAAUCUAAAUUGCAGUGUAGAAAUAAAGCAGCCAGUAUUUACCCUGCACAGAAACAAUAUAACCCACCCAAAUCUAACUCUCUCUGCACAUGUUACAUCUGCCCCACCUGCAGCGCACAUGGUUUUGCCCAACUGCUAACAAAUUUGUUGCUGCGAUCAGGUCUGAAUUACCCCCUAUGACACAUGUAGGAGGAACCGUCAUCUUCUACCCACAGAGCACCCGGCCCCCUGACACGGCUGCACCAGGGGAAGACUUCCAGCCUGAAGUCUACUACAACUGCAUACUAUCUGAGACCCCCUAUUGUAUGUUAUAGGAUAUAAGGAAUAACGCCGAUCUGUCGCACUCUGUGCAAUCACAGCUCCCGGGACACUCACACGUUGCCUGUGGUUACAGCACCAUCCAUGGUCUGAGGUUUAUACAGCAUAAGAUGAUUAUUAUGUAUUUAUGUUAUCUGCUAUUAUAAUAACUACAGUCACAUCUGCACAUUAUUCUACUAUAGAACAUUCAUAUUGUGCCUGCCACAGUUUACUAAUAAAUUCUUAUUGCUUUAUACCGAAA